AUGGCCGGAACUCGCGUCGCAUGGAUUGGUCUCGGCAACAUCGGCCGGGGCAUGAGCACCAACAUCGCCCAGAAAGGCCCUCAAUCCUCACUGGUCCUGUACAACCGCACCACGGCGAAAGCAACAGCGCACGCCCAGACGCUAGGCGGCAAGGCGACUGUCGCAAACACACUGUCUGAAGCCGUGCAAGGCGGCGACCUGAUUUUCAGCUGCGUCGGCGACGACGCGGCCCUGAACCAGAUCGUCUCUACAAUCGUUGAUGACAAGUCCCUCGACCUCUCCACCAAAACUUUCAUCGACUGCUCAACCGUUCACCCGGACACCUCGCGCGCAACGGAAAAGGCCUUCGCCUCUCGUGGAGCGGCUUUCGUCGCAUGCCCCGUUUUCGGAGCUCCGAACAUGGCCGACGCAGGGCAGCUCAUCGUCGUGCCGGCGGGCAAACAGUCCGCGAUAAUUAAAGCACGACCCUUUUUCGACGGCGUAACCGCCAAAAAGACAAUCGACCUCUCCUCCGGCACAGGAUCCGACAUCGAUGUCAGCCGGGCACUGACCCUAAAGGUGUUGGGCAAUACAUUCAUCCUGAACACAGUCGGCGUGCUGGCCGAAACCCUCGUCGCAGCCGAAGCAUCAGGACUAGGCAUUGAGCCGAUGAAGGAAUGGAUUGAUGAGUUCGCCCCCGGGCCUUUUGCUAAGUAUGCGGACCGCAUGGUGAGUGGUGAUUACCAUCAGCGUGAGGAGCCGCUGUUCGCGGUUGAUCUGGCGCGGAAGGAUCUGAGGCAUGCGAAGAAUUUGGCAAAGCAGGGUGGGCAGCGUAUGCGGAAUGUUGAAGUUACGGAUCAUUUCUUGGAGAGUGUUAAGGAGAAGCGCGGGGAGAAGGGGGAUGUUGCGGCUGUUUACGGAGCGGCGAGGAAGGAGGCUGGCUUGAAGUUUGAGAACUAG